CGCUCAUUGGCUUACAAGCUCAUAUGUGUUUUUAAAUCGAGGCUGUUGUUGCAGCCCGUUAAGUGCAGCUGGGUUGACAGCUGUCAAAAUAGCAAACAGUGGUUGGUACGUGCAUGAAGGUUACAAAGGAACAGAAUAUGAGGACAAGCGAGUUCGAUUCAUCUGAUGACGAAGAUACAGGGGAUGAACAGCUGACACCGCUACAGGUCUCCUGGUUACCUCUGUCAGUGGUCGAGUGUUCCCAGUUUCUCGGUAUAUGUUCUUUGCCAGGAUGCAAAUUUAAAGAUGUCAGAAGAAAUCUGCAGAGAGAUGUCGGUGAGCUUCAGGCCCAGGGUGUGGAGGAUGUGUUUGUGUUCUGCACAAGAGGAGAGCUCCACAAGUACAGGGUUCCCAGCCUGCUGGACACCUACAGGCAGAAAGGCCUCAGGGUGCACCACAUGCCCUUCCCAGAUGGGGGCACUCCUGAGCUAGACCAAUGCUGCCAGAUACUGGAGCAGCUUCAGUCCAACCUCCAGAACAACCAGAGGACUGUUAUCCAUUGUUAUGGAGGCCUGGGUCGCUCUGGAUUAAUCGCUGUGUGUCUGCUGCUGCAGCUGUCAGUGACAAUGACUCCCAACAAAGCCAUUGAGAUCCUGAGGGAGCACAGAGGGAGUGGAGCCAUACAGACGGUCAAGCAAUACAAUUUCCUGCAUGAGUUCCGUGAGAGGGUCUCAGCCUACCAGGAGAGCAAAGUCGUCCCAACAGAACGAUCUGUGUCUCGGUGAUCACUUUCCCCCCAAAUCUGGAGUUUGUGUUCAAAUCUGUCCCUCAUUUAGACAACAUUCCCUGAAUAAUUAUGUGGUGUCUGGUGUGUUUGCACUUUAAAAUAAGAACCAGAAUUCACAGUGAGGGCAUGAUCAUGUUGGUGCAGCUGAAUCCUCAUUUAUUUGAGAAAUGUGCUUAUCUGAACAUUGGUCAAUUUUUGAACUAAAUCAGAUUUUACUGGCACAUUAAGGUAGGUUUACACAUACACACUAGAUUAAAUACUAUAUAUUGUUCUUAGCACACACAGGUGAUAAACCAGGCCAAGUUUCAUUGUCAUUACUCUACCUGCUCUGGUGUUUGUGGUAAUAUGGUUCAUUAUGGUUCUGUCACUGUUGGUUAGCAUGAACUUUCGAAAUAAACUCCAAAACAGAUAUGAGUGGGAUAGGUUUAUUAUGAACAUUUCAACUAAAAUUUGUAUUCACUGGGUGUGACUUGUUGGAACUGAAUUGACAAAUGUACUUAAAUUAAAACAUGUAAUACAUCGCAUAUUCCUAUUUCCCAGAUAAUGUAUGAAAAUGGCAAUAAAUAGAUUUAGGGCUGAUUUUAUUUCAGACCGCUUGUCCCAUGGUCCAAUAUUUGCAAACAAAACCUUGAAAAAACUCACUAUUCCUGCAAUAUGAUCAUUUUAGUAAUAUCAUGAAAAUGGAGUGUAGAACAUCCUUGAAAAACAUGUCACAAAAUCUACUGAAAAUAUACAUUACGAUUUUAGUAGUCUAAUGAUCGGAUAUUUGGUGGACAAGAACGUCUAUGACAUGGACAAGAUAAUGUCUAAAAAGUGAUAAAAACAA